CUGGUAGAAUUGCGAAAGAGUCACCAUAGAAGAAGCGAACAGUUUACGCAAACCCACGAAGAAGAGCAACGAGGAAGUCUGAUAACUUUUGUUGCCAGCUAAACUUCAGAAGUAAACCAACCAGCCUACUUGUCUGUCAACAACCCGAGGAUCAUCAUGUCUUCAGGUGCCCUAUUCCCCAGCCUGGUGUCAGGCUCCCGGGGCUCGUCCAGUAAAUAUCUGGUGGAGUUUCGUGCCGGUAAGAUGACCAUGAAGGGUAGCACAGUGACACCGGACAAACGUAAGGGCAGUGUGUAUGUCCAACAGACGGACGACUCCCUCAUCCACUUCUGCUGGAAGGACCGGGGAUCUGGAAAUGUUGAUGAUGACCUGAUCAUCUUCCCUGAUGACUGUGAGUUCAAGAAGGUGAGCCAGUGUACUACUGGGCGUGUGUUUGUGCUCAAGUUCAAGGCUGGAUCCAAGAGGCUGUUCUUCUGGAUGCAGGAGCCUAAAUCGGACAAGGACGAGGAGUAUUGCCGUAAGGUGAAUGAGUACCUGAACAACCCUCCCAUGCCUGGAACACUGGGCAGUGGAGGCAGUAGCAGCCACGAGCUGUCUGCUCUAGGAGGUGAGGGUGGCCUGCAAAGCCUCCUGGGUAACAUGAGCCACACACAGCUGAUGCAGCUGAUUGGACCAACUGGUCUGGGAGGACUUGGUGGUCUAGGGGCCCUAGCAGGACCAGGUCUCGCCAGUCUGUUAGGCAGUGGAGGCCCUGCUACCAGCUCCUCAUCCUCCAGCUCCCGUAGUCAGUCUGCAGCUGUCACCCCCUCCUCCGGUUCCACCACCACCAGGAUCAGUUCGACCGUGGCCCCCACCACUCCAGUUACCCCUGCUGCCACCUCCGCUGCCUCCCCCACGGUCACCCCCACCACUCCUGCUGCCCCCGUAGUGCCGGCAGCCGUCGGCUCCCCCACCCAGCCCAUCCAGCUCAGCGACCUGCAGAGCAUCCUGGCCACUAUGAACGUACCGGCCAUGUCGGCUGCCGUCGCCGUGCAGGGAGGUGACGUGGACCUGGCCAGUGUGUGUACCCCAGAGAUCAUGGCUCCUAUCCUGUCUAACUCUGAGGUACAGCAGAGGCUCCUACCCUACCUGCCCUCGGGAGAGUCUCUACCUCAGAGUGCAGAAGAGAUCCAGAACACACUCACCUCGCCACAGUUCCAACAGGCGAUGAGUAUGUUCAGCAGUGCCUUGGCAUCAGGACAGCUCGGACCUCUCAUGAACCAGUUUGGUCUGCCCUCUGCGGCUGUUGAUGCAGCAAACAAAGGAGAUGUGGAAGCGUUUGCCAAAGCCAUGGAAGGGACUGACAAGGGUAAAGACAAGAAGGAUGAUGACGAGGACAUGAGCCUGGAUUAGAAGAUCUGACCUGGAGUCUCUUGACACACGUCCUUGUGUUACUUACCGCUAGUCUGGAGUGUUGCCUCAACGAAUAUUUAGCAUUUCUCAGAUGCAUCUUUACAGAAAAUGCAUGUGCCAACGAAUCAAUCGUCUUUGAAUAGCUUGUGUGUGUUCAAUGCAUUUACAUUAACAUUAAAUUCAUAAAAUAAUGAAAAUUA